UUGUAGUAGUAGAUGCCAUCGUUGAUCAUAGCAGCAUUGAUUAAGUUGUCGCUUUUCCUCCCCCAACUCCACGAUCAACUGAAGCGGGCGACGGCGACGAGCCGCGCGUGCGUGUGGGUGAUCCAUGGAGGCGUUCGUGUCGGGCGGCGCGGGCGGGGUCGGGGCGGCGGCGGUGGUCGGAGUGUUCGUCGCCGCGGCGGUGGUCGGAGGGUUCGUUGCCGCGGUCGCGCUCGCCGAGAGGGCCGGCGUGAUCGCGCCAAGGAAACGCCCCAACGCGCCCCCAGCUGUUCCUGGUUUACCCAUAAUCGGAAAUCUGCAUCAAUUGAAAGAAAAGAAGCCUCAUCAGACCUUCACAAAAUGGGCUGAAAUUUAUGGCCCAAUCUACACCAUAAGGAUUGGGGCUUCUUCCGUAGUUGUGCUCAAUUCAACUGAAGUAGCCAAGGAGGCGAUGGUUGCAAAAUUCUCAUCAAUAUCUACCCGAAAGCUAUCCAAAGCACUGACAGUGCUUACUCGUGAUAAAUCCAUGGUUGCUACCAGCGACUAUGGUGAUUUCCACAAAAUGGUGAAGCGUUAUGUCAUGUCAAGCACGCUGGGUACUUCUGCACAGAAAAAAUUUCGUGACACAAGAGAUAUGAUGAUCAAUAACAUGUUAAGCACUUUCCAUAAACUGGUGAAAGAUGACCCACAUGUUCCUCUGAUAUUUAGAGAUGUUUUCAAGGAUGAGCUAUUCCGGUUGUCCAUGAUCCAGAGCUUAGGAGAGGAUGUGAGUUCAGUCUACGUGGAUGAAUUUGGGAGGGACAUUUCGAAGGAAGAAAUCUACAACGCCACUGUGACCGACAUGAUGAUGUGCGCAAUUGAGGUUGAUUGGAGAGACUUCUUCUCCUACCUCAGCUGGGUUCCAAACAAGAGCUUCGAAACAAGAGUGUUUACCGCAGAAGCUAGACGAACCGCGGUGAUGCGCGCCUUGAUCAAGCAACAGAAGGAAAGGAUUGUGCGUGGAGAGGCAAAGAUAUGCUAUCUGGACUUCUUGCUGGCAGAGAACACACUGACAGAUGAGCAACUGACGAUGCUGGUGUGGGAGGAACUCAUAGAGGCUGCAGAUACUACCUUGGUCGCCACAGAAUGGGCCAUGUACGAGCUUGCCAAGAACCCUGACAAACAGGCAAGAAAUAUUUGUUACUCUGUUCCAGCUCAUUCUUGGCAUUAUCAACCCAAACGUUUUCUUUUGGGCGUUUUUCUGGUCAUGCCAGGAACGGCUUUACCAAGAAAUCCGGGAGGUGUGCGGCGACGAGACGGUCACCGAGGAGCACCUGCCGCGGCUGCCGUACCUCAACGCCGUCUUCCACGAGACGCUGCGCCGCCACUCCCCUGUCCCGCUCAUACCCCCGAGGUUCGUCCACGAGGACACCAAGCUUGCAGGCUACGACGUCCCCGCCGGCACCGAGAUGGUGAUCAACCUGUACGGGUGCAACAUGAACAAGAAGGAGUGGGAGUCGCCGGAGGAGUGGGUGCCAGAGAGGUUCACCGGCGGGAGGUUGGAGGUGGCAGACAUGUACAAGACGAUGGCGUUCGGCGCCGGGAGGAGGGCCUGCGCAGGGAGCCUACAGGUGAUGCACAUCGCGUGCACCGCCAUCGCGCGCUUCGUGCAGGAGUUCGGGUGGAGGCUGACGGAGGGCGACGAGGAGAAGGUGGACACCGUGCAGUUCACCGCCUACAAGCUCCACCCGCUUCAUGUCCACCUCACGCCCAGAGGAAGGAUGUGAACCAUUAUAUUCAUUGGAAGCUGUUUUUCGAUCGUUGAAUAAUGAUAUAUACUUGUCUUUGAGAUGUAUUUACUAUUAGCAAAAUCUCCAUGCUUUGUUAUGGAUAGGAGAAAACAUAUAUUAUAA